AUAUAUACAUGUGUUUUCACACUCAUGUCAAUCACUUAUUUUCAAAGAAAAAGAGAAGCAAAUCUGUGAUUUUUUUUUCUUUUCUUGAGAUUUGUCAUAUUUUGUUUUGGUGUCAAUGGGCAAUUGCAUGGAGAGAUGUGUGCGAGGAGAUCAAGGGGAAGAAGGAAAGAUAGAGGUUAGAGAAAGCGCAAAAGAGUCCUUCGAACUUGAUGGUGGUGAUAGUGAAGAUGGCCAUGCUGGGAUGAAGGUGAAGAUAGUGCUUAGUAGACAUGAAUUGGACAUGUUUUUGCUUGAGAUGAAUAGGAAUCAUGAUGGAAACUUGAAGAUUACCAGAGAUGUUAUGGUAGAGCUAGAGAAGAGGAUCUUAAGAGCUUCAUCAUUGUCAUCAGUAUCAUCAUCGAUGGCAUGGGAACCGUCUUUAGAGAGCAUCGUGGAGUGUCCAGAAGUCCAGGAAAUGGAUAGAUCAUGAAGAUGCUAAAUAUGUGAUCUAUGAUGGAAAUGAGUUUGAUCAUGAUGAUCAUCAUAUAUUGGUUCUAGCCUUCUAGAGCAUUGUUUUAUACCACGAUGAUCGGAACUAUAUAACAUUUUUGCUUAUCACAGUUUUAGAUAGA